AAAUUUUCAAGAACAAAUAAGUUUGAACUAGGGACCUAAUUGUAAGAAAAUAUUAUUAGUGAACCUAAUGGAAAUUUGUGUUAAAAUCAAGGGGCUUAAAAGAGGAAAUUUUGGAUAAGGAUGGCUUAUUUCUUUCCUUCUUCUUUCUUCUUCUUCAGGCCGGGUGCUUCUGCUCUUCCCGACCCUGCUGCAGCCCGAAACAAAAAAAAAAAAAGGAACCAAGCAAGCCGACAGCCAUCCCUUGGAAAAAACCGGUAGAAGCUUGAGAUUUUCCCUUCUUUUCUUGCUCAAUAACAAGUUUUAGGACUUAAAACUCUCUCCCUCAACCCAGAAAUCCCAGAUCUGCUCUGCUUCUUCCUCCCUUGUCCGUCGGUUUCUGCUAUGUGGGUUUGAAAUUCUGGGCUUUUUCCGCCUCUCUCACCGCCAGAACCGGCUUUGCUUGCUGAAUUUUCUGGUAGUGAGACCUGACGCAGGGGGAGCCCGGGGGAGUGACGAGCUAGACGGCUAGGCAUUUUUGGACUUACAUUUUUGUAGCUAGGCCGUUAGUCACCCAUGCUUGACUUAGAAAUUUUUUUGUACAGAACUUCUUUAGUUUUAGUCAUGAUUGUAUAUAUGAAGUUAUAAAUUUUGUACAUCUUGACUGGUAAAUAUUUGGUAAAUAAAAUGGUGUAGAUUUG